GCCAAGGGCAUGGGAAAGAACACUCACCAGUCACCUCCUCCAUCCUACCAAAUUUCCCAUUCCAAAUUGAGAAAUGUUUUUGGUGGGGCAAAGGGCAUGGGACACAAAUCUUGGGCUGGUUUUACAGGGUUAGAUCAAGGAUCUAUUAUCAUGGACCCUGAUUUCACCACUCAGGAAACCAAAAUCCCAUGAUUAACCCAAGGAAAUGGGUCCAUAUAAUCCUUGCUUUGCUCUGUGAGAGGACAGAAUCAAAGAAGAAAAAUGAAAGUUACUUUUUUUUUCAAGUAUUUCUCUUUGUCGCCCAUUUCUAUUUCUCUCUCUUUAAAGAGUAAAGACAGGUCUUAAAAUUUUUCUCUCUCUCCAUAUGCAAAUCAAAUAAUCAAUCACCCAAAGUUAGCCCCCAACCGUUGAAGCCCGCGUGGUGUCUAUCUCUUGCUGUGCCAUAUCUGAGAAGGUGAAAUCAAGAGUAUCUUUGGUAUUAAAGAAAACCUUUAAUAUCACCAAUCUGUUUUCUCAACAACCUGUUUGACCUAUUCCUCUUAUGAAUUGUCUUUUGGUGUUUGUCAAGAAAUUAAGAUCAUAUUUGGAAAAACCCUUAGGUUCAUUGCACAAGUUCUGGAAACGUCUGCCGUCCCCUGUUUCUUUUGAAUCUUCACAAAAAGACAAGAAAUUGAGCAUAGGGGAAAACCCCAUGUUUUGAUUCAUUACCUUGAUCCUUCAAAAAGGGGGAAGUUAUCACAAAUACCCAGAUUCAAAAAAGCUUUCUUAGGCCAAACCCUAAAUUUUUUGUACCAAAUCUUCGGAAAACCCUAUGUUUUGAAUUUGGGGGAAGCAGAAGUUGGAUCAAGUCAAGAAUUUGGAAGAUACCCAUUUGACCCUUUUACUUGAGUUCUCAAAAGAAGAAGAAUUUACCACACCCAGAUGUAAAAACCACCCUGAUGUUGACAGCCUAGUCCAAAGUUCUUAGACUUUGAAUGCUGAAGAGGCAAUAAGCAGGAAUUUUGGGUCAUCUCAAAGCCAAGAAUGCUGCAAAAUCCUUAAUUUUAACCCUCCAAAAAGGCUUUGAAGUUGCUUAGCUUUUGUUAUUAUGGAACGGUCAUUAUCACGAUUGGUGCUCCUAAGUUUCGGCCUUUUGUUUACGCUUUUUGCUGAUUUUGUUGAGUCACAACCAUCUAAUACAAGUUCACCACCACCACCACCACCGCCACCUCCACCUCCACCUCCACCUCCACCUCCACCUCCAUCACCAUUCCCGCCUCCUCCUCCUCCACCUCCACCACCACCAACACCACCGUCGCCGCCUUCUACGCCUCUCUCAGCGCUUUCUCGUCCGCCACCGCCUUUUCGUCCACCGCCGCCACCAAAGCAUCACAAUAAUACAAAGCAGCCACCACCUCCUCCACCACAAUCGCAUGAUCUCAAGCUCAAUACAGGGAAAAAGAUUGGACUUUUGUUCAUUGGUAUUGUUAUCAUCUUGCAGAUUAGUGUUGUUGGGUUCUUGGUUUUCAAGAGAAAGCAGUUGUUUAAAGUCAAAAGCACAUACGAGACUUUCUCUUCUUCUUCUUCUUCUUCAUGAAAUUUCCGCCAAGUUCUUCAGAUACUUUUGCCAUUCAA